CUCACAUGAGAAAGAGCAGUGGCGACCAGCAAGCAUCACUCACACCUGUGAGGCUGCGGUGGUUACACUCUGUGUACUGACAGCUGAAGAAUCAACAGCGGUUUUUCUUUCUCUCUUUUAUCAAGUUUAUGUCAGUGUUGUAGAAAAGAAGAAAAAAAAACCCCUCACCUGUCACCGAAAGCGUGGCACCAUGUUGGAAUUGAAUACGGUGGCGCUCCUGCUGUCUUUCCUGGCUUCAGCGGCUCUGGGCCAAGGAUCUGUGAGGACCAGGAGCCAGUCGGACAGGAGCAGGAGAGUGGCCCUCAACCCAUUCACGGACCCCCAGACAACAGGCGUGACAGAGUGGACUUCUUGGUUCAACAUCGACCACCCUGGGGGGAAUGGAGACUACGAGCGCCUGGAGGCGAUCCGCUUCUAUUACAGAGAGAGAGUCUGUGCACGGCCCAUGGCCAUGGAGGCUCGCACUACAGACUGGGUGGCAGCGGCAGACACUGGGGAAGUGGUGCACUCCAAUCUGGAGAAGGGCUUCUGGUGCAUCAACAAAGAACAGCCACGCGGCCGUGUCUGCUCCAACUAUCAUGUCCGCUUUCAGUGCCCCCCAGUGCAGAGCUAUUGGACUGACUGGAGUGAGUGGGGUCCCUGUUCAACCACGGCUUGUGAUGACGUAGGCAUCGAGGUCCGCCAGAGGAAAUGUGUCAGUGCCCAGCCCAUGCCCCUCCUGUUGGUGCCAGCGUGCCAGGGGCGGCAGUCAGAGAGGAGGGAGUGCUCCACCCCCCCAUGUACAGCCAAGUGGAGUCCCUGGGGACGGUGGGGGACCUGUUCAGUCACCUGUGGUGGAGGUCGCAGGGUUAGGAGGAGGACGUGUGCGAGGAGCUCGGUGACAGUGCAGUGUACUGGACGCUCUGUAGAAUCACAGAAAUGUGGGAAGAGUCCAUGCCCAGCCAAAUGUCAGACCGUGUGCACAGAGGGUCGUCCCAGUGACGACUGCAGCCGCUGUGUGUGUGACGGCCAUGUGCUGCAUGGAGGGGUCCACAGUGUGACAGGUGCCCCCGUGGCAGGAGUGUGGGUGGCUCUUGCAAGCCAGCCCAAGGUUGUCCGUGCUCGAACGGAUGCCAAAGGUCAGUUCAAGGUCACAGGAGUCUGCUCCUCCAGCUCAACCUUGAUCACCAUCCGGAAGGAGAAGUUUGUCCCGAUCACUGUCUCCACCUUCAGUAACACCACGGGGUUGUCCUGGGUACGAGCUGUCCUCAAAUCAGCCGAAAAGCCAUAUAUUGUGAAGCAUCCAGAGGACAAAGUGCGUUAUGAGGGAGGACGGGUGAUGCUUUGCUGCAAGGCAACAGGAUCACCAGUACCUGACAAAUACUACUGGUAUCACAACGGGACACUGCUGGACAGGAAAGUGUACAAGUACGAAGAGGACCUUGUGCUGCGGGACCUGAAGCUGGAGCAGUCAGGACAUUAUUACUGCAAAGCCAACAGCCCUGCAGGCAGCAUCAAGUCCUCUCCAGCCUUGCUCACUGUUAUUGCAAAGGGAACACCAACAUGCAAUUCCACCCCUGAGACGCACCUCAUUAGACUGCCGAUGGACUGUAUUCAACACGGGAGUGGUUCCAAGUACUACAAUGCUGGCCGCUGCCCUCAAAACAAAUGUGCUGGCUCUCUAGACUUUGAUACACGCUGCAAAGAUGGAGCGGGAUUCUGCUGUGGGGUUAAAAAAUUGGAAAGUCGAAUCAUUGACUGCGGGAGUUACAGCCUCCCUAUCCGGGCUGUGGCACAGUGCAGCUGUCAGAAGUGCAUGCAGCCUACUGUGCUAGUUCGUGGCAGAGUGGUCACGGCUGACAAUGAUGAGCCUCUGCGUUUUGGGCACAUCUACAUUGGUAAAGAGAGAGUGGGCACCACAGGAUACCAAGGAGGGUUCACGUUACAAAUUAAUCCUGAUACACAGAGAUUGGUGGUAAAUUUCGUUGACCCCAGUGAGAAGUUUCUUGACACACCUAAGGUGUUCAUCUUGGACAAGAAAGGUGGAUCCAUUUACCAUAAUGUAAAGGUAAUGAGAAAGCAGACACCGAUUGAUAUCAAUGCAGCAGAGACAAACUCUAUUGACCUAGGAGAAAUUAAAGGGGAAGACCCCAUUGGGCAGCUGGUAAUUCCUCCAAAUUCAUUUCAUAAGGACAAUGGAGAAAUCUAUGAGGGGACUGUAAAAGCCAGUGUGACAUUCAUUGACCCAAGAAACAUCACCACAGCUGCUGCUGCGCCUGGCGAUCUCAACUUUGUGGACGAUGAGGGUGACAUGCUCCCUUUGAGGACCUAUGGCAUGUUCUCUGUAGACUUCAGAGAUGAGACCAAUAAGGAAGUACUUGGAGCUGGAGCAGUUCAAGUCCUCCUUGACACGCAGCAUGUCAAGAUGCAAGAGCAUAUUCCCAAAAUGAAACUGUGGUCUUUAAACCCAGACACGGGAGUCUGGGAGGAGGAGAGUGACUUUUCGUACACCACAACUACCGGUGGUCAUGGUCGAAGCAAACGAGAGGAGCGCACAUUCCUUAUAGGCAACAUGGAGAUCCGAGAACGUAGACUCUUUAACUUAGAUGUGCCUGAAAACAGACGCUGCUAUGUCAAGGUCCGGGCCUACAUGAGUGACAAGUUCCUUCCAAGCGAACAGCUAGAAGGUGUUGUGAUCACUCUGAUAAACUUGGAGCCCAAGCCUGGAUAUUCAUCAAAUCCUAGGGCAUGGGGCCGCUUCGACAGUGUCAUAACUGGAUCCAACGGGGCCUGUUUACCAGCAUUCUGUGAUGCCCAGAGGCAUGAUGCUUACACAGCUUAUGUGACUGCAAUGAUGGGAGGGGAAGAACUUGAGGCAGCGCCCUCCUCCCCUAAGAUGAAUCCAAACAUCAUUGGAGUUUCUCAGCCAUAUCUGGAUAAAAUAGACUACCAGCGUUCAGACCAUGAGGAUCCAGCUCUGAAGAAAACAGCUUUCAAAAUCAACUUGGCAAAGCCUAACCAAAACAAUCUUGAUGAAACCAAUGGGCCAAUAUAUCCAUAUCAGAAUUUAAUUGGUUGUGAAAAUGCCCCUGUUGAUGCAAAUCAUUUCAGAUUCUUUAGAGUGGAAAAGGACAAGUAUGAAUACAAUGUCGUUCCUUUUGAAGAGAAUGAUUUGACAACCUGGACGGGAGACUACCUCUCCUGGUGGCCAAAUCCACAGGAGUUCAGAGCGUGCUUCAUUAAAGUUAAGAUACAUGGACAGAAAGAAGUGAUGGUCCGGUCAAGAAAUCUGGGAGGGUCACACAGAGAAACAAAAGGCAAACUUUACGGCAUCAGAGACAUUCGCAGCACCCGGGACAUGCGAGAGGCCAACACUUCAGCAGCCUGUGUGGAGUUUAAGUGUAGCGGCAUGUUGUUUGAUCAAGCUGAUGUGGACAGAUCCCUCAUAUCAGUCCUUCCACAGGGUAACUGUCGCAGGAUCGGCACCAACAGCCUCCUACAAGAGUAUCUCAUCAAACAUCCACCAGUCGCCCUGAACAACGAGUCCCAUGCAUUAACCAUGCUAGCUCCUGUUGAUCCUCUGGGACACAACUAUGGCAUCUACACAGUCACAGACCAGAAUCCCAGGGUCGCCAAGGAGAUCGCCAUUGGGCGGUGCUUUGAUGGCACCUCAGAUGGUUUCUCAAGGGAGAUGAAGUCAGACUCUGGAGUGGCAAUGACCUUCAGCUGUCCUGAGCGAAAAAUUAACAGGGAAAGCCUCUUUCAGCGCCUGCAGACCAAUCCAGGUCAGACACUGUCUCAGAUGGCAAGGGACAUGAGGGAGUUGGAGGGUGUACAGGUGCAAAGAUCAUCGACCCAGGUGGUGGCCUAUCCUUCACAACAGCAGGGCGGAACCCAGACACGCAGGUUCAGCACUACAACCAGGAGGAGAAUGUCCACGCGCACACAGCAGCGCCAAUAGAGGUGCCAAGAGGUAUUCAGUUGGGAUUGAUAUGAUGGCCUCAAGUCAAGGAAGUAAAAGUUGCCCGUUUUUGAGUAUAAACUCCUUCUUGACUAUGAAAAUCACGAAGCCAGGGCAGACAGCAAUUCAGCAAAAUCAUCAAACAUGAUUGAAGAUAUUCAUUAGUCUUAUACUUGAAGGGAUUGAUCAUUUCUUUUCUUAUUUCUUUCCUAAAAGACACAUUUGUGUAUAUGUAACACGGUGACUGACUUUUAUUUAAUUGGCUUUGGUGUACUUUUACGAAUGAAUAGACCAAACUGGCGGUCAAGAAUGUAACUUUUAUAGCUCUAAUUUGUGGUAUUCCACUUACCCCAUGGUGGGUGUUUUUGCUGAUGUCUCUCAAUACUUUUUAACAAAACCUUCAAAAACUAUAAGUGCUAUGCCAGGCCCCAAACACUUCAUAAUUGGCCUUGCUUUCCAUUGAGCACAUACUUUUCUUUGAGAUGAAAAUGAAAAAAACAUCAGGUCUGGUUUGUUUGCAACGAACACUUUCUCUACAAACUGGGUCAUGGGACACUCUCCUCCAAAUGGGAAAACGCACUCGAAAGAGAUAAUGGGGCAAGGCAUGACACCCCUGGGAACAGAGGAUGUAUGUAGACAUGCCUCUUUUGUAGUUGUUUUUCAUUAGCAUGCUACAUUGCUAACUGUUAUUCAGCCAACUGUCCUUCCACACCUACUUAGACCAAGACCUUUGCCAAGACAAGCAUGGAUCUCAAAGGUAGUGGUUUGGAAUCAGGAUAAUUAAUUGCAAGGUAUGACAUCAUUUUUUGUCCUCUGCUGAUUCCAGAUAAGCACAUCACCAAACAAAAUGUUUCUCAAAUCAUUAUAUUCCCUGAUAUUUAAUUUUCUCAGAAACUAUUACAUUGGUUCAUUUAGGGUCUAAAUUCACUUUGUUUUUGUUGUUGGGUGAAGUGUGGUUGACCUGCAUUUUGAAGUGCAAUAACUAUAUAGUAUAGUUUAAACAAUCAGCAUGUAACAAACUAUUACAGUGCAUGGAAAAUGCUGUCGGUGAAUUAAACAACUCCUUUAUUACAUGCAGCAGGUAGUGUGGUUAGGAGAUCUUGCACAGGACUCAUUUUGAGUGAUUUUAAGCUAAUAAUUUAACUGUUAUUUAGUCAUUCUUCGACUUUCGGAACUGCAUAGAAUCCAUUAACCUUUUCAUGCUUUGCAGCGUAACUCAGUGUUUUUUUCCCCAAAUUGUACACCACAGUAAUCUUUGCAACUUCUGAUGUCAAUCUUGUUAGUGGGAGUCAAAACUCUCACUGGAGCCUUCAUCAACAAAACCCACUGCAUCGUUACAAAUGAGUGAUACUCAUAAAUCUCUCACUGACAGUAUAAGCAACGGUAUCUGAAAAUUUAAAUAGUACCUUUUAAAAGAUAAUGAAAAUUAAUUUUAUUGGACUUAGUGAAUAUAAGAAUAACAGGCUACUCAAUUAAAGUCAGUAAUGGAAAGAAGCUUCACUAAGUGAUAAAAGUCAAAACUUGUUUAUCUGCAAAAUGGGCUCUGGCAGACUCAUGGGAGAAGCCCUUCAAGCUGAACUAAUCCAAAACCAAAUGAGAGGGACCAUGGUCCAUAGAGAAACCAGGAGAGGCUGACAAGUAAAUAUAAGCCUGCUGUUAAUUAGAAAAUAAAUGACAUAUUCUCUCCUAAACAGUUUCCCCCGACUUUUACAACAAGCCAAACAUGCUCAUUUUAAUGAAACAAAGGAUGAAGUUAAGUAAUCAACAAUAUAGAGGACCCAAUAGGAUUAUAGUCAAACAAAUUACCAUCAAAAUGGCGCCCAGCCACACUCUUAAGGUGUUUCUAUCUUGAAUGCAUUCAUAUUCUUAAUGUGACACAGUUUUAAGUCAUUUGCUAAAAUUUGUCAAUGUGAAAUUGAAAGUAAGAAACCAACCCUUGACAGAAAAAAAUUCUCUGUCCAUUGUGUACAAUGAGCAGCAGACUAGUAGAAUGACAGCAUGUGAUACCUCGACUAUUAUUGCUGACCUCUCACAUAGACCUGUGGGCCAUCCACAGGCGGAACAGUUCGUAUCACCCAAAAUAAAGGCGAUGAUUGAAUCCAGGUGUUUGAACAGAUAAGUCCUAUAAAAAUGCAAUGGUGUGUGAGGUCAGCUGAGAAGGCCCAACAGCUGUAGAGCAACUGGAGGAAAUGCUAGACCAGAGACAUCAAGAGAAAGAGCAGUGAGAUUAUCUUUAAUUAUUUUCGGGGUACUGUCGGGUUUAAGUCAGAAAUGAAAGGGAAAAUAUUAGUCGUUUUUGGCCUCGCUGUCCAUCACUUACAGAAUCUCAGGCUUCCAAAGUGGUCGCACAUGGAAGAAUGCAGGAUUUCACAGAAGAGUGCUUUGACAGGAGAAUUGGCUUAUCCAUGAGAAGUUAUCAGGGGAGUUUGAAGGACAAGGUAACAAUAAUAGGCUGUGUAAACCAUUAUGUAAGGCUUUGCAUGGGAAAGUAAGCUUGGCUCUCCAAACCAUUACUUUGUCUUCUUGAGAACUUCAAAGGAGAUUAAAGAACCCGAUGUUUGGUUUUAAUGAUAAAAGAUUUUUUUUUUCCAAAGUCAAAGAAGUUUCAGCUUGAAUCCAGUGAAUAAAACAAAUCGCAAAGAUUCAUUUUUAAUGGAAAGAAAAUGUUUAUCUCAUCGAAACCUCUGUGGGAAUAUUAAUCAUAAACAUUUUGCAUUUCAUUUUACUUUCUUGCAUUUUUCACAAGAUGUUGAGGUAGAUUAGAUUAUUGACCAAUCUCAUAUUUGUACAGGAAGUAUGAGUCUAGUGUCAACAGUCAGUUGGCUUAGCUUGGCAUGAUGACUGAAAAUCGGGAAACGGUGACCCAUUUACUGUGCAGACAUGAAAGCACUAUUGAUCCUCCAAUCUAAUUUUGGGAGAAAAGCAAAUUAGGUUUUUCUUUUAAUGAAUACCAUACCAUCUUGACAAUUGCUAUUUUAAGGGAUAAUGGCGUUAUUCUUAUGAUUGAUAACUGGAAAAGGAAUCUGAAAUAGAUUUUUUUUUGUGUCAGAAAUACUUUGAUUCUCUGGUACUCUGAUUUUCCUUAUCAGUAGCAAAACUUCAGUGCAUGUCAUGCAAAUGAGCAUUUUGUCACUUAUGGGCAGAAAAGCACAAAUCUUUUAACCCAUCACAGUAACUAAAGCAUGAAUGGAUUAAUCCAUUUUCUCUUCUGUACAGUCCAGCUGGUCUCAGGGAGAUCAUAAUUUAUUCAGGAGGUCAUCCUUGAACUUUUCCACCACUUUCUGGAGUAUAAGAAGAGAGUUGUAUAUUUACCACUGUGCUCCAGUAAAAUAAUAACAUUAACAAUUGAUAAACUUCUCUUAACACUUAACUAUUGCAUGGUGAUGCUGAUCUCUUUAGUUUUUUUUCUGAAUCAAGCUUUAAUAUGUAAAUUGUGUAUUGUAUGAAAUCUACUCUAAUGGUAUGAACAAGAAACUGUAAAUAAACAAUUUUGUGUAAA